GUGCCGCCGCGAAUGGAAGAGUAGCAACUGCCGCCCAGAUACCCCACACCGCUCACUUUAGACUGAACCAUUCCAGUCUUACUCUGACUUACAUAUACGACAUUUUCUAGAUGUGUAGACCUUGACAUUUACCAACUCUUGAUCAACGCGUAGACUACAACUUGACGGCGUCGUUCCGGAGCAAAUGGAUCCCUCGUCAAGCCUUCAUCCAAUUGACCUGACAGUCGAACCUGACUUGCAACCCCUGUAUCCGACACCAUCUCAAGUGUCACACUUGUUGUCGCCAAACGUUGGACUUUCACCAGCUCAGAAGGAAGAGCUGGUCUCUCACUGUCUGAUUCGUGGUUGUGUCUUUGGCGACAUUACGCUGUUGUCAUACCUACUUCAUGACCCCCAUGCUCAAGGUUAUGUCGAUCUGGGCAGGCAAGACGAAGAUGGCAUGGGCCUCAUUAGCACUACGAUCCUAGGAUUCGGUUCGGAAAGCGAGAGAGAGGUAGAAAGGGAAGAAUGCGUUAGGCUACUCAUAUCCGAGGGAGCCGAUGUAAACCUUCCCGAUUACGCUGGAUGGAUAUCGUUGCACCACGCUGCAUUGUUGGCUCCUCCUACAUUGGUAUCGCAUUUGUUGACCCAUGGCUGCUCACCGUUCGCUCUUACACGUCGCAAACUUACCGCUCUCGACAUUGUCACUGGGAAUUCGACGCUUCCUGGAAGGGAAGAUGUCGCGUUACUGCUUGAAGAAUCUAUGCGUAGUCAAGGAUGGACCGGUGGUAGAAUGGAAGCGCGACGGAAGCUAACAGAGAAGCGACAACAUCGUAUUGGGAAGCGGCGAGACAUGCAAGAAGGCAUAGAGAAAGCUCUCAACGUUGACCCAAGAUGGUGGGGUCAAACGGAACCUGACUAUUUCGGGUCCGACCUCUCUGACGACGAGGAAGAAGAUUAUACUGGUGUUGAAGACGCUCUGACACCCCCACCGGACUACACCUCAAUGCUCGUAUUCUCUCCUGAUGCAUUGCCUGAUAUAUUUCAGUCUCUCAUUACGGAUUUUCGACCAUCCUUGCGGAAUUGCGAGCCUGCGAACGCGUUAUACAUGUUAGCUCGCUUCGCGAUCCUUAACUGCGAUGACAACUGGGUGGAGGACCUCAUCAUAGGCGCUACGGAUACGAUUGAAGAUACGUUCUUUAAUCGUGCGGAGGACUUGCCGACACUUGUGUUUUGGCUAUAUAACCUCACUGUUUGGUUGCACCUAAUGAAAUGCGAUGACGAUAUCCGGGAAACGUGCGAAGCACUCGACUCAUACACCCUUAUCGAGGAGGUUCUGAAUUCUGUCUUUGUUUUUAUCAUACGGAUCGCUGAGCGGAAAAUCGACACGUUGCUGGAUGCUGCUCUAUUGGACUACUCGCCGCUUUCCACCGAGUUUGAAUCAAUACAAUUUGAAUCCGAGUGGUCGUUUCUACGUACCUUCGGCGCAGGUAAGAAGAAAGCAGUCAGUCCUGGCCCGAUCCCUCCCAGCGCCUCAAACAAGAGCGUUGCACCGUCCUCGCCACCUCGUGCUUCUAGUCGACCACCUUCACCUCCGCCGAGCGCCUUAGGGAAUAGUUUUGCAUCUUUAAGACAGACGUUCGCCCGCGGACAUCGACCAUCGAUUUCGACUCCAUUGCAGUCAUUCUUUGACGACACGCCAGCACCGCCAUCGCCUAAGGAUAUUACCUCGUUUAUGACUGCUUUGCAGACCCUUCUUGCUCUUUCCGAUAUCAACCCUGCCAUUACAACGCAAUUCUGGUCACAAGUAAUGUACUGGACAGCCUGUGAAACUUUCAAUCGUAUUCUGACGAGAAAGAAGUAUAUCUGUCGGUCAAGAGCUCUUCAGAUCAACAUGAACCUGAGUGUUCUGGAAGAGUGGAUCGGAAAGAUGGGUUUGCCUCGGGGAGUAGGCGCACACUUUGCACCGGUUCGGGACUUGUUGAACUGGCUGCAGUGUCUGUCCUCAAUCACCGAGUUCCCCAAUCUCAUUGCGACAAUCCAGACGAUGAGAAAUCUGAAUCCUUUGCAGAUGCGUCGUGCAGUUCGGGAUUACAAGUACGAAGUCAAUGAAGGCCGAAUGACUGAAGAAUGCAUUCAGUAUCUGGCGCAGCUACAAAAAGACUGGGAGAGACAUAGAGUAAAAGUUGGUGUUGAGGCUCUACGGAAAGAGAUUGGAGAACGAGACCGCGAACGAGAAGGUACGAUUUCACCGGUUCCCAGCGGGCAGGGAUCGCCACCUUCGAUUACUGCGCCUUCGCCACCACCCGAGAUUGCCGCAGCGCAGCGGAAUAUCGAUAUGCUUUUCGACCGUAAUCAAGAGAAGUCUACAUGGGAACCUGCCAAGCCCCCUGAUGCGUUGGGCGAACUACUAGAUUCACGAUAUAUGCUUCCUCUCCUUCUCCCAUCUGAUCCACGAUACCUUGGAGCGAUACCCGGAAAGCGAUCAGCUAUAGAGGAGAAACGGAGAAGCUUGCCGAGUUCAGACAUUAGGCGAAGCGCAAGCCAGGCGAGCUUUGGCAGCAGAGGUUCUUUGGCCUGGAGGAUGAACAGUCGUAAACUCCGAGAUUUCAGCGCAGGCACAUUACGAUGGGUUGACGGGUCAAGAUCUGCUGCUCGAUGGUUCCGACCUCACUUUGAGGAUGAGCAUGAAGAUGAGGACGAGAAGGCUCCACCGCCACCAUAUUCGUCUAUUAAUCCUGGCGAUGCUGACACACUGGAUGGUGAUGCGGAGAAGCCUGGGCACACGAUUCAUCUCACAUCGCUCACGCGAAAGUCCUCUAACCGGAGCAGAGGGCGGGCGAGCAUGGGCGGAGACGAUGUGGAUCCUACUCUUGAUGAUUAAAAGGGGCAACGUUUUUGCUGCUCUGGAUCCUGGACUUAUUUCCAUUUCUCACCAUCAUCGUUACACUUUGCAAUCCGUUCCUUUCAUACCCUCGUAAUGCAUUCACGGUUUUAUUAUAGCUCGCAGGCUAUGGCGCGGACAAUCUACCACUAGAGGUUGGUGUAGAUUAGAAUUCGUUUUUUUCUAUAUGUAACUCCUCGGAAAGGAUGACAGCAUUCUCGCUGAGACGCGUAUCGUCCAUGACCAGUCGAUCGAUCGCCUCAGAUCGCCCACAUUGAACUCCUAGUUCACCGCUCGGCUGAGUACUUACACUCGCCUGAAUCACUUUUGGGUAAAACCGACGAAACCCAUCUUUGCGAGCAUGGGACUCUUGUCUCCCCAUUAAGGGAGCUUGUGAAACAGUUUGUGAUCGUAAUAAAGACCCCUACACCUC